UAAGGGAUGUUUCCCUUAAUUAUAUUAUAAAAAGUAAUAAUGCAUCAACUUUUCACAUAAAAAUAUAAAUGUAAACACUAAUUAUGGAAGAGGGAGGGAGUAAUUUGUUUGCCGCGCCAACCGGUCAAUGAAAAAUCAGAGCUUGGUUGCAGUCACAGCACCCCUAUUGGAACAGUCCACGGAGUAAGCAGCGCAAGCAAGAAGAAUGAGUCUCUGGUCCAGAGAGUGUGUCAAAGAUCAUCUCUUCACAAAGGUUUGCGCCGUUCAACAUCACCAACUUCACAGAGGAGUGCUUAAUACAACUGGUACUGUAAGAUUUCAAAAUCUAUUUCUUCUCCGUUACAGAUGAAGAUGAAGAAUGCUGCCUCCAUAUUCUUAACCCUCACCCAAAACGUCCCCCAAUCAGGCCUCCGCACACUGGCCAACCGUUACGCAGCCCAGCUUCAACUAUGUUGCCCUCCAAGCCCCAUCUCCUACUCCCUAGCCCGUAUGGUCCAUGCCCACAUGAUUGCUUCUGGGUUCAGACCUCGUGGACACAUCCUCAAUCGCUUGAUCGAUGUCUACUGCAAAUCGUCCCAUCUUGUGUACGCACGCCAACUGUUCGACAGAAUUCCCGAACCAGACAUUGUCGCGAGAACGACGCUAAUAGCGGCCUACUCUGCUGCUGGGAAUCCCGAUGUGGCGCGUGAGAUAUUUACUGGAACCCCGUUAAGUGUUCGUGACACUGUUUGCUACAAUGCCAUGAUCACAGGCUAUUCACAUAAUUGUGAUGGUCAUGCGGCUAUUGGACUCUUCCGUGACAUGAGGCGGGACAAUUUUCUGCCUGAUAAUUUUACUUUCACGAGUGUACUUGGUGCUUUGGCACUCAUAGCUGAUCGUGAAAAGCAUUGCCAGCAGCUGCAUUGUGCAGUUGUGAAGUCAGGAACAGAAUUCGUCACUUCUGUGAUAAAUGCACUAAUAUCACUCUAUGUUAAGUGUGCAUCUUCUCCAUUAGCAUCUCCGCGGUUGUUGAUGAGUGCUGCUAGGAAGUUGUUCAAUGAGAUGCCCGUGAGGGAUGAGUUGUCAUGGACAACAAUUAUCACGGGGUAUGUAAGGAAUGAUGACCUUGAUUCUGCUCGUCAAGUUUUUGAUGGGAUGAAUGAAAAGUUGGUGGUUGCAUGGAAUGCAAUGAUUUCCGGUUAUGUGCAUAAUGGGUCUGUGCCUGAAGCACUGGAUAUGUUUAGAAAGAUGCAUUUAUCAGGAAUGCAGCUGGAUGAAUUUACAUACACCAGUGUUCUCAGUGCUUGUGCUAAUGCUGGAUUGUUCCUGCAUGGAAAGCAGGUUCAUGCUUACAUUCUACGAACGGAAGGAAAACCUUCACUUGAUUUUUCUUUGUCUGUGAAUAAUGCAUUGAUUACAUUGUAUUGGAAAUGUGGUAAAGUUGAUGUAGCACGGAAGAUUUUUAAUAAUACACCCAUCAGAGACCUCGUUUCAUGGAAUGCAAUUUUAUCAGCAUAUGUGAAUGCAAGACGAAUUGAUGAUGCUAAAGCUUUUUUCAGUGAGAUGCCAGAGAGGAACCUUUUGACAUGGACUGUUAUGAUAUCAGGAUUUGCUCAGAAUGGGUUUGGCGAAGAAGGCCUGAAGCUAUUCAACCAGAUGAAAUUAGAGGGUGUCAAACCUUGUGAUUAUGCAUUCGCAGGAGCCAUUACUUCAUGUUCUGUGCUUGCAGCAUUGGAGCAUGGACGUCAGCUCCAUGCUCAGCUUGUCCGGCUAGGUUUUGAUUCAAGCCUUUCAGCUGGAAAUGCACUAAUAACAAUGUAUGCAAGAUGCGGCGUUGUUGAAGCUGCAGACUGUGUGUUCGUCACAAUGCCUUAUGUGGAUUCAGUAUCUUGGAACGCUAUGAUUGCAGCUUUGGGCCAGCAUGGACAUGGUGCUCAAGCAAUAGAACUUUUUGAACAGAUGUUGAAGGAAGACAUAUUACCUGAUCGGAUAACUUUCCUUACAAUUCUUUCUGCUUGUAGCCAUGCAGGUCUAGUCAAAGAAGGAUGCCGUUAUUUCGAUUCAAUGUAUGACACUUAUGGUAUAAGACCAGACGAAGAUCAUUAUGCCCGUUUUAUUGAUUUGUUGUGCCGAGCUGGAAAGUUUGCAAAAGCUAAAGAUGUGUUGCAAACAAUGCCUUUUGAGCCCCGCACACCUAUUUGGGAGGCUCUUCUUGCUGGUUGCCGGAUUCAUGGAAAUAUGGAUUUAGGGAUCCAAGCUGCGGAACGGCUCUUUGAGUUGAUGCCUCAACAUGACGGAACAUAUAUACUCCUGUCAAACAUGUAUGCCAACGUGGGUAGGUGGGAUGAUGUGGCCAAGGUGCGAAAAAUAAUGAGGGAACGAGGGGUUAAAAAAGAGCCAGGGUGUAGUUGGAUUGAAGUUGAAAACAAGGUUCAUGUAUUCUUGGUCGAUGACACUGCGCACCCUGAGGUGCAAGCUGUGUACAAUUAUCUUGAGCAACUGGGACUGAGGAUGAGGAAAUUAGGGUAUGUUCCCGACACAAAGUUUGUGUUGCAUGAUAUGGAGUCUGAACAAAAGGAAAAUGUUUUGUCUGCUCAUAGUGAGAAGCUUGCAGUUGCAUUUGGCCUCAUGAAACUUCCCCCUGGAGCCACAAUUAGGGUCUUCAAGAACCUUAGGAUCUGUGGGGAUUGCCACAACACAUUCAGGUUCAUGUCGAAAGUGUUGUCAAGAGAGAUUGUUGUGAGAGAUGGAAAGAGGUUUCAUCAUUUUAGGGAUGGUGAAUGUUCUUGUGGAAAUUAUUGGUGAGCUGAGAAGGGUAAGGCAGAAAGACUGAGGAGUUAUUGAGGCCGAGACGUGUCACCAAGAAUUAAUAUUUUGAAAAUUUACAUACAAAUUUUACAACAGGUUUUGAAGAAUACCUGAACCUCAUUUAAUAAACGAAAUAGAAGCUUGAGGAGAACUACUCACCCUUAAAAUCUCGUGGCAGGACUGAUUUGCCAAUGCAUGAUGUUAGUUGCUUAGAAACCUUGUUGCGCAAUUCUAGUUAUUACCGCACCUUGUGCAAUUUUUUUACCAGUAAAAUAUGUCUCCGGCAACUGUUUUCGCAUAUGGUCAGACAAGCAGUGGAAAGACAUACACCAUGAGUGGGAUUACAGAAUAUACAGUAGCAGAAAUAUAUGACUACAUAAGAAAAGUACUAUGAAAACUAUCCUUUUGUUUAGCAUAAUGAUACAAAUUCUGUGUGUUGGAGAUCUACAAUGAUUCUGUCAGAAACCUCCUCUGUACAGAUAGUACUCCACUAAGACACCUCAAUGAUCCAGAGGUGGAUAUUUUACUUUAUGAUAGUUGAUUUAUUCACUGGGAAUGACCAAAAACGUCUUCAAUCCUUGUAUCUUUUGUCUAAUGCAGAGAGGGACGGUGGUUGAAAACUUACAGAGGAGACUUUGGAAGAUUGGAGCCGUCUAAAGGUACUCCUCUCUAUCUGAGAAGGAAAGGACACAAAUACUAUUCAUGUUUCACUAGAUGGAGAAGUUUGGUUUCAAACCCUGGUUCGAACAGGAGGAGUACGCCAUGCUAAUGUGUUUUGAUGAUCCACAUCUCAGGGUCAGGUGUUGAUGAGCACAUUGAACUAUCCAUGUGCCUGAGAGCUCUCACAGCCCAUGCACAACGCUAAUGUGUUUUGAUGAUCCACAUCUCAGGGUCAGGUGUUGAUGAGCACAUUGAACUAUCCAUGUGGCUGAGAGCGCUCACAGCCCAUGCACAACGACGCAAUUAUCAGGAGCGUGCUUUACCACUGAGCUAAUAGCCCGUCAUGCUAGCCUUCCAUUGGGGGGCCGCUAUGCCAAAAGCAAGAGAAGACAUUAUGCGACUGGUAGUGGUAAUUCCAUUUUUGCAGCUCAAAGGCAAAUAGGGCAGACCUUACUGAACGAAAUGAGCUCCAGAUCUCGUCAAAUUCUGCAAUUGACAAUUGAAAGUUCUGCUCGCGAACUUUUAGGUACUGAGAAUUCAAGCACUCUCAGCCAGUGUGGUAUGAAAUGUAUUUCAAAUCAGUGUGCAGUGAACAAUUGUCUUCCCAAGGAUCUUCUUAGUUAUGUUUUUAGAAUAUAUCAAAUGAAUAAAAAAAAAAAAAAAAAAAAAAACAAAAAAAAAAAAAAAAAACGCAAGUUCGUUCCAUUUGAAAAUUUGCUUUAUGAAAGCUGUGCAAUUUAAUUAUUAUUUUUAUUUUUACAUAGGAUUGUUUUUUUUUUUUAAGGACUCAAUAUUAAUUUUUUUUUUUUUUAAUAAUUAUUUUAAUUUUAAUUUUGUUUUGCAUUUGAUAUUUUUUGGAGUCCUAAAGAAAAGAAAAGAAAAAAGAAAAGAAAAACAAAGCAAUUGAAUUAGAGUCAUUUUGAGGUUUUAUGUAGAAAUUUAUGUCAUAUCUUUCCCUUUUCUACUUGAUUGCGAAGUUGGCGAUUUUGGUAAUAAAUCAAGUUUACACCAAAAAAAAAAAAAAUAAAAAAAAAAAAUUCAUAAUGUGUUCGGACGAACACAUUUUUUCCACAAUCACAUUACAUGUUGGAGAACGUGUAGGCAUUAUUUCCCAUGUAGAAAGACGACUUUAUUUAACAAAUUUGUAUAAAAUAAAAAUUAAUAAAAAUUCAAAAAAUGAAUGCACAAUAUAAUUGAAAAAAAAAAAGUUGGUAAAUUUCUAAGAAAGACAAUGUAAAUAAUAUUUAAUGGUAUAUAUAUCAUAAUGGUAGGUAUAAUGCUCCAAUUUCAAAGCAAGUUACAACUUUCAUCUAAACUCAUUCAACGUGCUAUAGUCAAUUAAAACCCAUCACACAAUAUCCUUCCAUGAUUUAUAAUCAUCUAGCAUGCUUAUAAUAAAGAAAACUAGAUACACAUUGCCACAUACAUCACCCAAAUUCGCUGUAUCCGAAUCGCUAACCGGGCCCUUAUCUGAAUCCGAGGUCAUG